AUGGGAUGCGCACUGUUCGUCGUCAUCUUCAUGAGGGUUCAAAUAGAGGAACGCUCUUUGAUUUUCGGCUGCCUGGGAUCGCUCCCUGGAAUGGUUGAUGAUUACUUAGAUGCAGCUCAGAAAAAAAUGCUGUUUGUUUCCAUCUGGUGCUCAUUUGCGAUCGCGCUGUUUCUUCUCAAUUCUCAAGGCAAGAGGAUGACGUAUCCGGUUAUUCCUGAUUUCAAACCAUGGAAAGCAGUAGUUCUGAUCAUAACUGGAUUUAUCGGAGGCGUAUUUACGUCUUUCGCCGGCUCCGGAGUAGACAUAUGCAUCUUCUCGAUCACCACCCUACUGUUUCGAGUUUCAGAGAAGACGGCCACACCAACUACCGUCGUCGUUAUGGGAUUGAAUUCAAUGGUUGGAACGUACUGCCGUAUCGUAUGGUACGGUAACGUAUCCGAGCUGGCUAUGGAAUAUCUGAAAGUAACGAUCCCAGUUGCUGUUAGCAUGGCGCCAUUCGGCAGUUUUGUCGGUUCGCAUUUUCACAGACAGGUUCUCGCGUGCUUUGUGUAUGUGCUGGAAGCAUUUUCAGUCGUCGGUUUUCUCAUCACACAACCUCCAUGGCAUUUGAUUGUAAUCGGUGCGGUUACCGUAUUUUUCGCCUUCGGUCUCUUCUACAUGAUAAGCAGACUUGGAAAACGGAUCAUGGAAGCGCUAGAGGUACCAAUCAUCAUAGCGACUUCCGCCACAUCCGCAUGA